GCGGCGGCGGCGGCAGAGGAGGAGGAGGAGGCCCAGGCCCAGCGCAGGCGGGGAAGAUGCCCGUGGCGGUGAUGGCGGACAACGCCUCCUUCAGCUUCAAGAAGCUGCUGGAUCAGUGCGAGAACCAGGAGCUCGAGGCUCCCGGAGGAAUCGCUACACCCCCCGUUUAUGGGCAGCUCCUCGCCCUCUACCUUCUACACAAUGACAUGAAUAAUGCCCGGUAUCUUUGGAAAAGAAUUCCUCCUGCUAUAAAAUCUGCAAAUUCUGAGCUUGGGGGCAUCUGGUCAGUAGGACAAAGAAUCUGGCAGAGAGAUUUCCCAGGAAUCUACACCAGCAUCAGUUCACAUCAGUGGUCUGAGACCAUCCAGCCCAUCAUGGAAGCGCUCAGAGAUGCCACAAGAAGAAGAGCGUUCACACUGGUUUCUCAGGCAUACACCUCGAUCAUCGCUGAUGACUUCGCAGCAUUUGUUGGACUUCCCGUAGAAGAAGCAGUGAAAGGUGUCUUGGAGCAAGGAUGGCAGGCGGAUUCCACCACGAGGAUGGUGAUGCCCAAGAAGCCAGGUUCCCUGGAUGUUUCCUUUAACAGAUUUAUUCCUUUAUCAGAGCCUGCCCCAGUUCCACCAAUCCCCAAUGAACAGCAAUUAGCCAGACUGACCGACUACGUGGCUUUUCUUGAAAAUUGAUUCAUCGGCUUUUCUCUUCGAGAUCAAACUUGGAAUCCUGUGUACUGACCAGUCCGGAAAAGCGACAUUUUCAUUGUGUUCUGUUGGAUGAAACACCCCGACAUUCUUUAUUAGAACAUAGGAUAAAAUACAUAUGUUAGAUACAUAUUAUUUUUGGUCCUUAAACAUUGUGCUGAAUUCACCAUUGAAUGGCUUCUUAGUCCCAUAUAUUUAUUAAUUUGGAGUACAACAGUAUUACAUGGUUAGGUCUUAUUCUGUAGUGAUUCCUAAUGGGGAAACAUCGCUAUCUCGAUCUAUGAAUUUGAAAUGCAUUAGGUCAGCAAAGACAAUUAAUUAUCUCCUUCUGUUAGCAAUUGGCUUGGUAAAUCUUAGCUCUUCUCUGCUGAUGUUUUCGGUGCACCCACUGCUGGCAGUGAGGAACAUGCCACAAGAGGGGACAGAGGCCCUGAAAGGAGCGAUGGAAAGAGGACAGACUUCUUGGAGAAGGAGGGAGAAUGCUGGGUGUGAGGGGCCUGGUUUGGUUAGAGCCAUCUGCAAAAGGAAGGGAAAUGAUGAGUCCAAAAAUUGUUUCCGGGUUGGUUAGAUGCCGCCGCUUCUUAGCGUACCUUCCCAGAUGAGAAAUGUGUUCGUGCCUCAGCCCAUCUGUAUUCCUCAAACUCACGGAGAGCUUUUUGAUGAGGGCGUUGGGGCUUGGGGCUCAGCUUUUCGGCGGUCCUCUUGGGGCUGGGUCUAGAGGGAAGGACGGGCCCAUCUUUGCUGAAUUGGCUGGUUGACGAAGACUCACUAGGAAGCUGCUUAAGAAAGAAGGUACAUUACAGAGGGGACCUAGGCCACACUGUUUGAGCUCUGAGAACAGUGCUCUUGAGAUUCUGGAGUUUAAAGUUGGCUCUGUAUUUGAAGGGUGCAACUUGGAUGACCGUUAUGAUUCUAUUUAAAAAUAGAAUUUUGCAGAUUCAUGAUGAUUGACUGGGUAGUGCGUUUCUUUCACCUUUUCGUGGUGGCAAAUGUCGUUUAGUAAGUGCUUUUGAUUGGGUGGUUUCAUUCAUUCGUGAGACUGGUAGAUUCUGCUAUUCGUAGUAAGAUUUCCUUCAGCGCAUUGUACUACUGUACAUUUUUUGAGAACUUUAGUUUUUCAAAGGGUCCUGAAUUGUGCACUGUUAUUUUAAAAUUCAGUUAAACAUGUGUGACAAUUAAUCUCAUAGGAUAUUUAUUUGAACCCAUCGAAGUCCUGGAGCUUUUUCUGAGUGUUGAAGGAAAUGUAAUUUCAAUGACUAUUAAAUAUGUUUACACUAA